AUGAAAUCCGUCCACACAUCGUCCACUUCUUCAGGCUCGGGCUCCUUCUCUUGCGUGGAGUCGGUCCUGAAAGCGGCUGUUUUGGCCGCCUUUGCAUAUGCCGUGAAGGCAUUGAUCAGACUCUUCUUCCAGUUCGAGCGCCCCUUCUUCGACGAAUCACCAAAGGCGUCUUUCGAGAAGGGGUCAACGUCCAUCGAUGCUUCAUCUCCGGAGGAUGGUGGAGAGAUCCUGCUCACCCGUUCCCUCGUAGGCGCUGGCUUUUGCUCAGCUGCCGGGAUGGACUCUGAGCGAUCGCUCUCAUCUGGCGACCUUUGCGGGCUGUCCGACGGCGAGGACUCAGUUGCACUGAAAGCCGACUCGUACACCUCGUCGUUGCCGCUGUCUGUGUCGACGUUGGAGGACUCUCCGCUGCACAGGUGGUCUGCACAGUCCAGGUGCCGGGUGUAG